UUAAAGAAAUGUCAGGCGUCCAAGGAGCAUUCGAUGACAGAGGAACUAGACUGUAUGCUAUGUCUGGUUAUACAGGACAUAAACAUGGAGUUCUCGAUUAUGAUAACCCAGCCACCCUUCAACAGGAUGGCAAUGGCAAAAUUCCUGGAUAUGGAGGACAUAUUCCAGCCGCUCAGUCAGAAAACAUGUUUGGAAAGACUUAUGGAAAUAUCACAAGAGACUCAGCUAAUAAGAACUACGUAAAAGGAAUUGAGGCUCCUCCUGAAGAGAUGUAUAAGAGCCAAGCCAUGCAAGAGCAUCAGAACCAAACCCAUGUUAAAGGCAGAACUGCAGCGGAGACAGUGGGAGUUAUUAGAGAGGAUGAGGUAUUUGAGAAACCUCUUGACCCAGCAUCUGCUUACCAGUUCUUUGGAAUCCAAGAUGAUGCAAUUGACGAAAUUGUGAAAGAACAAGAGCUGAAAAAGAACUCAGCUAUAUUUUAUGGAGUUGAUCCUAAAUCAAUGCAGAACCAUACAUUGACUCAUAUUAAGAAAGACACCAGUAUGACUCCUGAAGAGAUGACUAAGCAGUUUUAUGGAAUUGAGGAAAAGAAAGAGCUAAAACUAGGAAACCCAAUCCCAGGAUACAGCGGUGUUGUCAGAAGAGUACAAGCAGACAACGUAUUCGGAAUGACUUAUGCAGAAGCUAGAAGGAGAGCUGAUGACUCACAAGUAAAGAUUGACUCAGAGAAGAGAGAUACCCUCAAAAUGAAUUCUACCUUCUUGCCAGCUUAUAAAAGACCAAAGGAAGAUGAUGAGUUGUUCUAAGUUGGUAAUUCAGUAU